GAAGGAGGACUUGCCCGUCAGCGCUUGUAGGGGCGGGACUGGCAGCUGAAGCUCAAGGAAGUUUCCAAACACCGCCGGGCCGGGUUUCCUUCACAGCUGCCGCCAUUAUGCCAGAUCAGUCUUACUGUGAUCGUUUGCAUCAAGACAUGGCUUUUUUAACAAGCAAUGGCAGACUUAGUGAGCAGCUGGUUGACAAAAUUAUCCUUCAGUUAAAUAGAGUUUAUCCUCAAAUUCUUACUAAUAAAGAAGCAGAAAAGUUUCGAAACCCAAAAGCUUCUCUUCACACUCGAUUGUCAAGUCUGAUAGUCCACUUGCAGAAGAAAGGUGACAAGCCCUGCCAAGAGUUUUACCGUGCUUUGCAGAUCAAUGCUGAACAGCUGCACAACAACUUGCCAAGCAGGAAAAUCCUAAAAGCCUCAGAUUCCAAAGGGAUUAACCCUGAGAAGGAGAAACAUAUUCUAAAUGACAGGGGUCCUUCAUUCUUCAUUGCUUGUUUCAGUGUUGCAGCUGGAUUAGCAUUCUUCAUGUACUGCUGUAACCCAGAGUCAAAAAUUGUAGGAGGAGCCAGGAAAGUGUUGGGGUUUUCUCCAAUCAUCAUAGGAAGACAUGUUGCAAAUAUUUGUAUGUUAUACAUGGAAGACUCACCAAGGCAGCAAUAACAGCAAACUAAAGUCCAAAGUCUAUUACUCCUGCCUAUGGGAAGGCUGAGUUGCAAAAAGACAUGCUUUUCUCAUACCAAAGUUAUAAUUAAGCGUCUAUACGAGUGUGUAUAUACUGCUACAAAGUGCUUUCAAAAAGCUAUUUCUGCUUUUUACUUUAGGGAAUCGAUCAUUUAUUUCGAUAUGUGUUUAUUUUAAACUAUUUAUCACCUGGAUGAAACUGAUUUUAAAAGUCUUUUGAUAUGUACUCUGUUGUUGCAAAAUCUUAACAAGUUAUGUCUAAAUACCCACUCAAAGUGGCCUCCAAGAAGGGAAGAGUACUGUCAAGAUUUUUGUUAAAGAUCUGGAUCCUUUGAUGAAGCGGUUCUGGAAGUUUGUCCAAAUAAUCAUGAGCUCCGUGUGCAUCUCCUUUGAAACAUCUCUGCUUGGUAGAAAAGAGACAGAGGGACUCUACUUGGAACCAAGUGCUGCCCAUGAUGGAAGAGGAGCUGCAGAAGAUUUCAGUCUCCCAACUGACUCAGCCGUGUCUAUUGGCACAGAGGUGUAUCCUCUGCAUAAAUAGCAAGUGCACUUGGCUUUAUACUAGUUUAUACUAUACUAACUUUAAAAUGAUACUUUGAACAAAUGCAACGCCUUAUUAAGACAUGGUGUGUAUCCUUUUAUUUUUAAGUCAGGAGGACUGUCUGUUCUCGUUUUUUUUUUUACAGUACAAGAGGCCAGAAUGACAUAUAGUAACCCAGGGGAAAAUCUGUCUAGCUUUUGUUCAACAAUCCAACUAUGCAAGAUGUCUUUUUAUUCCUUAUACAGGAUUCGCGAGGCAACAUUUCUGAGGAAAUUUAGCAAGGUGCAAAGGCAUUAAAUGCAUGAGUUGAAUUGGGAAAAAUUGCAUUUUAAAAGCGUUCGGAUUUUUUAACAUCUCAUUAUAUCUAUAUGUUAGCAAUUACAAGGCACAACUCUCCUUUUUAUUUUAAUUUAAGCCCAUGGAUUUGUGCCUUUGACAUGCAUGCCUACUGUAUAGGCCCAUAUACUUGUUUAUAGAACAUGUCACUCUUAUCAAACCAGCAACUUGACCAGUGAUAGAAGUCUCCUGAAGCACAGUUACUCAGGGUGCAUGUGCAUAUCUCUGUGUUAGAUGUCCUCUUGCCUUCCCAAAUGUCAGGCUGAAAAGUCCUCCCUCCCUGGGUGGGCUUCCAAAGAUUUUGUUGUUGUUAAUCACACAUACAAUACAAGGAGCUCAGGAAUUCCCCUAGGAAGUCCUUGGGCAUAAGAUUUUCAUGUUCUUUAUAGAAACUAAUAUGGAAUGUCAUGCAUAGGAACAAAGAACAUUCUACAGUUUUAUUUUCUGUCAGAUAAACAAAAGUUGGCUCCUCAGAAUAGACUGUAGAAAAAAGGGAGGUUAUUUUAUCUGCCAUUGUUAAUGAUGGUUGAUUUAAUUUGAGAUAUCUGCAUGGCUGUGUAAUUUGAGGAGACAUUUGAUGCUUGGUGUUCUGUUAGCUUCUUUUUUAAGGAUCUUGCUGAGAGUGAAAACUUGAAAAUGCCACCUAAAGGGAGUGAUUGAAAAGACCCCAGUCAGCAGUAAUUUCAUCAGCCUGUCUUUUAUAGAAUUACCACUAGAUGGAGGGAGAGCACCACAAGCUUUGUGCAUAUUACUUACAUUAAACCACACUAUUUUUUUUUCUGCACCUCAUUCAUGGGACGAAUAUAGUGAGUUUAGGUGUAUAUGUCCAGUCUUAUUCCUGGCAGUGGCUUGCCUAGUAUAAGUAUGACUGUAUUUAUGCUGGGAUUUCCUUUAUUAGAUAUAUCUCUUUUGUCUGACUUGCACACUAGAAUUUUCUGCAGUGUAUCAAAGAAUGAAUUGAGACCAGAUAUUGGCACAAAAUUCACCUGAAUUUAAUUGUAGCAAAUACAAUUUGAAGUAAAACGGCCUGUUAAUUACCACUUGUGAAGCAGAUAUUCUCUAUGAAUGAAAUUAAAGGAAAAUCGACAUUAGCAAUGCCAUCCCAGGCAGAGUUACACCGUUUUAAGCCCGUUUGACUUCCAUGGGCUUAGAGAGGUAUGAUUCUACUUAGAAUGAUACUGAAAUUUUCAUGAAGAUAAACUUUAUUCCAUUUAAGUCAAUGGAUCAUUUCUAAAAUGGAGUACUUCAGAUCAGAAUGUCAAUCACUUUUUUCAUCUUAACUGAGCAGGGUGAGUCAGAGAGAGGUAACUGCUUUGCUGUAGCCUGGUCAGAGCCCAUUAAUAUGAAAGGGACUCAUCAGCUCUAGGGUAGAAGCAACUUAUAUUUAGUGUGUUGAGUAAAGGACACUGCACAACAGGUUUUUUUGUAAACUGUUUUGAGUCUCAGCAAGAACGUUGGGCAAUAAAUAAAAAUAAAUAAGUAGCUCAGUUUUGAAUAGAAAUAUAUAAUAGAGGUUAUGAUAGGCGUCAGGUUCUGCCUCGGGCAUCACCCAGUGAGGCACCGACAUGCCUGACUUUGGACCAGGGGUACCAUCAAGGAUCAUGCAGGCUCCCGCUCUGUGGAAGGAGAGGGGUAUACCUCACCCUCGUGCCCUCUCAAUCCUCUCGCAGGCCUGCUCAACCUGACAGAGUCCUGGCUGCCUUCCAUGACAGCUGGCCCCUUCCCUCCUCCGGACUUACUCUUCCUCUUCUUUCCUCCACCCGCUGCCCGCUCCCUCCUACACUCCUAUACAACCCACCACACCCUGUGGGUGGACUUCCCUUUUAUCCCUUCACCAAUUCCCUGUGCCUUCUUGGCUGGCUGCCAAGCUUUUCCUGUAGAGUGCCUCAGGCAGCUCCACCUGGGGUUGUUUUGCUCCCAGCUUCACCUGGACCAGGCUACUGCUUUCUAGCUGGCCUGCAGGCUGGGGCAUGGCUCUGUACUGCUUUGGCUGCCUCUCCUCCCUGACUAGUAAGGCUGCUGGCUGACUGCCCCUUGCUUCCUGUGCCUCCUCCCUCAGGUCUACUCCCCUUGGGGGUCCUCACUUUCCCUGCUAUUUACAUCAGGUUGGAAAGAGCUUUAAACUGUAAUCAGGUGUGUAACCGAUAUAUUAACAUGCUCUGAAGAAAAUUAAUUACAUAAAAAGUACCAAAUCUAUGAACGUUUUUCUUCAGAGUCAACUAAUAGGAAAGAAAUAGUAGAUGGUGUUGGGUUUCUCACAUUUAGAGGUUUCUUCUAAUUGCAGUGUGGUUGGGCAGUGGAGGGAAUAAGCUCUCUCUCCCCCUUUGGGGCCUUUCAGUGUUACAUUAUACAUCCACACAUGUAAAUGCUGAAUGUCAAGGUCUGUUUGGGCAGCCAGACAAAAGACAUAUCUGGUAUUGUUCCAGGUUCAAUUCACACUGAGCAUCAGCUGAUUUUUUUUGUUUGAAAUUUAAUCCAUAUGAUCCAUCAUGAUCAUCAGUACUAUUAUAAUGUGAGCAUGAAAUUUACUGAGAAGCUGCAGAAAGACAGGUGUGAGUUCCAUGGCUGCAGAAGGACUUGCAUGUAAAAAAGAAAUUGGGAGGUAGGAAUGUUGUACAUACAUGAACAAACAUAAAUUUAUGCCGGUAAAUAAUGUAGCAUUUACAUUGCAAAAAUACCUAAGCUUUUAAUGACACAAUGUUUUAAAAGAGACUGAAAAGAUUCAACGGUGAUUCUUAGGUCUUCUUCCUAUAAAGCGAUUCUCAGGAAUUAUGAGAGACCAGUGUACUCCCACUUUAGACCAAAAGAAUUUAACUCUGUAUAUAGCAUUUAUAAACAUGUUUCAUUUUUGAAAGAUAGUUCUCUCACAAACAUAUAUAAUUCUGGUUAGAAUCGCAGGAUUUUAGUCCAGUAACCCUUUAGUGACCAACAAGAUUUUCAGGAUAUAAACUUUUGAGACUCAAAGCUUCCAAGGCUAUCACUAGACUCAAAUUCUGCUGUUCUACUAUAGACCAACAUGACUACCCCUCUGAAACUAUCUUCCGGUUAGGAUUCUAACAGUACAUAACGUGAGAUUUAUUUCUGAGUAGACCUGCUUAGGCUUGUUCCCUCAGCUAUCACUCUUUCAAAAGCACACUUUUUCAAAAACUGUUCCAAGUUUAAGUGAUACUAUGUUGUGACCAAUCAGGAUUCUAAGCAGUAUUUUAUUCAUCAUAUUAUGCCUGGCUGAACUUUUGUUACUGAAAUGUAUGUGAGGUACUUUGGACAGUCACAAUGUAUCAGCUUUAAAAAAAUUAUUGCCAUGACAACUGAAUGUAUUAGUUAUGUAGUUUUGUCUUAACGAUAGAUCUUGCCAAAUGCCAGUUUGUUUAAAUUAGUCCAUCCAUUUAUAAAAGUAAACACCACCCCUCCCCCAUAGCAUAAUUGAGAUCCCUUCAGGUUUAAACCCAACCACAAAAAGAAGACUCUAGCACAUACCUUUAUAAUAGUGAUGACUAGAAUAGAAGAGCAUUGUGGAAAGCAUUCCUUACUCAUCCAUUUCUUCAACAUUUAUUUAGUACCAGUGUUUAUCACCAAAUACUUUUAUGAAUAUACAAUGAAAGCUCAGUGUUGACAGAAGUGGUCUUAUUCACUAGAGCUGUUAUCCUGACUUGAGUUUUUAAUUUUGUGAUGUAUUCAGUGAUCCUUAUUGCCUUAUUGACACAGUAAUGUUGCACUGUUGUUCUAUCCUAUAAUGUUGCCAUAGUGUCAUAUUUUGUGGGUCACUCAUUCUCAGGCAUGUAUUUUAUUCAUAAAAUUUUAGUUCAGUAAGACGAA